AUGAACUUGAUUGAGGAAAUAAACAAGCUUCGUGUGGAGUUGCGCAACUCACGUCAUCGGGUGCGAGAUCUGGAGACAACAAUGGGCAUCAAUCGGAAACAGGGCACUCAGGCGCGCGAGAUACUGGCUCAGAUAACGGGUCAUCGGCCGAACCCGGUUAUAGUAGCAGAGCUGGCACAAGCUAACCGUACGCUACACGAGCAAUCUCACUUCAUGCACCUUCUCCAAGAGCGUCUGCGACUUGGAGCGCAGUACUGCACAGACAACGGGAGCAACGUGGCUGGUGGGAGUCUUCCACCUUUGACUCCCGUUCGCAUUGUUGAUGGAAAGGGAAGAGAGGGGAAAUGGAGACCAGCCACAGAGCCGCAGUCACCGGAAGAGCCAUUCAUUGUUCCUGAGAAAGCAACACCAAGAGCUAAUUCAGUAACGUAG